AUAGAAUGGUGGGUAUAUCCUUUAGAAUCCUUGCCGGCCAGUUUCCAAUCAAACAAGCUUGUUGAGCUCAUAAUGCCUUACAGCUCCAUCAAACAAUUGUGGGAUGGAAGGAAGAGUUUUGACAAAUUGAAACACAUUGACCUAAGUCAUUCUCUAAACUUGAUCAAGACACCAGAUUUGAGCGGAGUCCCAAAUCUUGAGAAACUAAAGCUUUCAUAUUGUACAAAUCUGUCCAAGGUCCGCCGAUCCAUUGGAUUUCCAAGAUAGCUUAAGGAGUUGGAUCUAAAGGAUUGCAAACAUCUCAAGAGACUUCCAGACGAGAUGACUAGCUUGGAAUCUCUUGAACAUCUUAAUCUUUCUGGCUGUUCAAGACUCAACAAAAUUCCAGAUAGUGUGAGUAAUAUGACAUCUUUGCGAAAUCUGUCUUUGAAUGAGACUGCCAUAAAAAAGUUACCACUAUCAUUUAAGAGGUUGUCGUCUCUUGUAGUUCUCAAUAUAUCUGAUUGCUCAAGACUAGAGAAAAUCCCAAAGAACCUGUUGAGUGGUAUGAAAUGUCUAGAGUACCUUUGGGUAGGUCGAAGUGUUAUAAGGAAAUUUUCGAUAGGUAGUGGACCAGAUCCCAUGAUAAGUCUUUUGCUCCCAAAUUCAUUCUCGUGUUUAAGCUAUUUAAGAGAACUAGAUUUGAGUUAUUGCAAUCUAUCAGAUGGAGCGAUCCCCAAUGAUCUUAGUUGCUUAUCCUCCCUUUAUUAUUUAACUUUGAGUGGGAACAAAUUUACAAGAAUACCAGAUAGUGUGGCUCAACUUUCAAAUCUUUGUGACCUUGUCUUGAAUGAUUGUAGUUGGCUUCAAGUAUUGCCGAAGCUUCCAUUGGGAUUAAAAGUCUUGGGUGUAAAAAAUUGUCCAUUGCUGGAGUCGUUUGAUAAUAAGCAAAUGGAGAUGUGGAGAAGUUCAAAUGAAAAAUUAAGGAGCAUUGAUUAUUCUGUUGUACAAGCUUAUUUUGAUUAUGAUGGAAAUCCCUUCAAGAUCCUCCGUCUGCAUCCACGAAGUCCUGUAUGGAGUAAAGAAAGUUUCCAAGAUUUUGAUCAUAUAGCAUGCGGCCCUGCGUUGGUGGGAUCAGGAAUCCCAGAGUGGUUCAACGAUAAAAGCACUAAUUCGUUUGGAACAAUUCAUUUGCAUUCAGAUUUUGGCUCAGAUAAGUACCGGACGUGGAAGGGGUAUGCUGUUUUUAUUGUUUAUGAAUUUCAUGAGCCUCACACUACUCAUCCAAGAAAGAGAAGAAAACUCAAGGUCGAUGAGCGGAAGGGGAAUUCGAAUUCUACAACAAUAUUUGAUGGCAGUAAUAGUAAUUUACCCAACUUUGUUUGUCAUUUUCAAGUCGAUGGAGUUGAUGUUACAAAACCGUUAGUCUUUUGUGCCCCUGGAGUCCCUUCUGUUGGGCCAAACGGAUUUUGGGUGUAUAUACCAUUUCAGUGGCCCAGGACGUGUUGGAGUGGACUCCACCUUAAGGUUUCAAUUACAACAGGCAGCCUGAAUGUUGAGGUAAAGGAGUGUGGGGCGCGUUUACUACGUGAUAAUUUUGAGUUGUUCCAAGUUCUCAACACCAUUUCUCCACGUGCUUUGGGUUGCGAAAGUUAUGAGAAACUUUUUUCUCGUUUGUGCAAUACAAAUUGCUCAUAUCUCACGGUCUGGGGCCCAAUUAAAUCUAAUGUUGUAGCAUCUGGAUGAAUUGAGUCGGUUAAUUGUCAGAGGAUAAAAAUUCGCCUCAUAAGAAACAGGUCAAUGGGCAUUAAGAUAAAACAAAAAAUGUUGACGUUUCCAUCCCAGAGGAUUAGACGCGAACCGACAAAGAAAAGGAGAAGAAUAGCGCACGAAUGACGAGCGAACACAGAGCCACCUCACUCCGCAGCUCUACAACUUCGACACUGUACAAGAGUUUUAGAGGCUUGGGACUAAGAGAUAUUUUGAAACCUGAUUUGAUAAUGCCAUUCAUCCACACAUUGCCAUUGGCUAGAACAUCAUUUAGCAUCAGACUUACCUGAGGGCUAAUGGACUCUGGAGGAUGCAUUGGAGUUGCUGUAGAGUCCACCUUGCUUCCAACAAGUAGAUUCAUUCACUUAUAUAUGAUUUGAAUCCCCACCUGCUGUGACUCUGUCAUUCAUGUCAUACUGACAAAUUCAUUCUCUUGUUUUUUCUUGAGGCACUUGAGGAUUUCGUUUCUGGAACAUUGAAGUUGAAGGAGUCAAGACAAGAUGACAAGGAUUUAAGAUCUCAAUCUUGUUAUUGCAAUAGUUUCUCUCCAUUUUUAGAGAGGAACCGUAGCAAUUUUUUUUUUUUAAAAAAAAAGUAGUUUAAUUUAUAGGUUCUAGCCAAAUUUUGGCUAAAAAGAGCAUUUGGCUAUUCUAAUGCUGGUGCUCUUAAGUUUGUAAUAGUUGGAUCUAGGGCCCCCUUCCUUGAAUUUAAAAUUUUGUAUUGAGCAUUUGUUCUUGUCGGUAAAAAAAUGGGGCAUUUGUGUUCUUGUGAAUGUUAUUAAUCUCAAAUUCUUAAGAAUUUUAGGUAA